AUGAUGGAAAAGAUAUGGAAGGCACUGAACAACAAGGAGUCGUACAUGCAGACAGGCCGCUGGUGGACGCCGUUUGCCAUUCCCGAAUCGUCUAGUUCUGUUCUAGUCUGUUUUGAGGCCGAGAAAUCUGAAGAGCUAGAAUCUUCCUUCAUAGCUUCUUCGCUGGCGCUAACCACCCGUGACAACGCCUCCGAGACCUCGGGUUAUCUGUUCUAUCGCCAUUCAUGGCCGGAGACUGCAUCUGCAAGUUGUAUCGUGAUAUGUGCAUAUGAUUUCGCUAGGCUGGCUUCUGGUUCCUUUGAUUUUGAGUCACGGCCGAGGCUUCUGAAUGACUCUGUUGCUUCGUUUUCUGUCCCUGAGUUCCGUUUGCCUCCUGAGUAUUCUGGUUAUGUGUAUGUGUGGUGGCCGGUGGACGUUUGUAUGGAUUGCUUAAGGUGCAGGAUGGACAUCAAUGGGAAAGUCCCAUCAGAUAUCUCGCGGCUCUCGAGAUUAGUUUCUCUUGAUUUGUCAUGGGAGAGGGAUCUUGAGAUGCCCAACCUAGGCAAUUUUGUUCAGAACUUAACUAUGCUUAGAGAACUUGAUCUCUCUGACAUAAACAUGUCAUCACCAUUCCCUCAUGUACUUGCAAACUUGUCCUCUUUGAAGUCGCUUAAACUUGCAGAAUGUCAAUUAUAUGGAGAAUUUCCUGUGAACAUCUUUCGGUUACCAAACCCGGAAGUCCUCAUCAUCGGACCUAAUUACAACCUUUAUGGUUUUAUUCCCGAACUACAUUGGGGUUGUGGUUUCUCGGGUUCACUUCACGCUUCACUAGGUAAUCUUUACGAGCUCACUUAUCUGGAUAUAUCGAGAAAUAAAUUCCUAGGUUCACUUCCCGCUUCAUUGGGUAAUCUUUACGAGCUCGCUUAUCUGGAUAUAUCAAGAAAUAAAUUCCAAGGAUCACUUCCUGCUUCAUUGGGUAAUCUUUACGAGCUCGCUCAUCUGGAUAUAUCGGAAAAUAAAUUCCAGGGCCAAAUCCCCGCUUGCUUCGCUAAUCUUAUUCGGUUGUCCACUCUACAUCUCUCUUCUACUAAUUUUAGCGGUGGCAUUUGGCAUUGGCUUGCCAACUUGGCAAAACCGACCGAGUUGGACCUUGCAGAUGCUCAGCUAAGCGGUCCAAUUCCAUCUUCAUUCCGGAACUUGACGCGGUUGGCUGGGCUCACCCUUCCAUAUAACAAUUUGCAAGGUGAAAUCCCAAACUCAUUAUGGGAACUCAAGGAUCUUGAAACUCUGGAUCUUAGUGGGAAUAAUUUGAGUGGCACCGUGGAUUUGCACAGACUCAAGAACUUGGAAAUAUUAUCUUUGAACUUCAACAACAUAUCUUUUGUUAGCAAGACCGAGAUGAAUACCAUGCUUCCAAAACUUUUCAUUUUAAGUUUAGAAUCAUGCUACUUACAUGAGUUCCCCAAGAUUUUAGGCCACCUAAGCGGAUUAGAGUUGAUAGAUCUUUCACACAAUAAAAUCGGAGGGAGUAUUCCCACUUGGAUAGGGAAUGGUAGCAGAGAAUCCUUGUGGGGUGUGGAUCUUUCUCACAAUUUUCUAACCGGCUUUGUGGACAACCGCAUCAAUCUGCUACUACCUAACUUGAUCUAUCUUGACAUUAGUUCUAACUUGCUCAAAACGGAACUCCCUACUCCACCUCCAUCAAUGUCUUAUUACAAUAUCUCCAACAACAUCCUCUUCGGAGAUAUUCAAUCUAUUUGUGGAGCCAAGUCCCUCGUCGUUCUUGAUUUGUCCAACAAUAGUCCGAAUGACACCAUUCCUACAUGCCUCGAGAACAUUCAUUCUUUGUCAAUUUUGGAUCUUGGGAAAAAUGAACUUGAGGGUAGCAUUCCUCAGGCUUACCCUAAAGGUUGUGCAUUGAAUGUUAUUGACUCGGCAGAGAAUCGACUGCAAGGGUCCGUCCCAAGAUCUUUGACGAAAUGUAAAAUGUUAGAGUAUUUGAACCUUGGUUACAAUCAAAUUCUCGAUGGGUUCCCUUUAUGGCUAUCGAAGUUGACCGAGCUGAAAGUUGUUAUCUUGAAAUCCAAUAAUUUCCAUGGGCCAAUAGAAACAUAUCGAAGCCGGUUUAACUUUAGCAAUUUGCAUAUUAUGGACCUUUCCGACAAUAGUUUCGAUGGUGAACUUCCUUCCGAGAUGUUGCAAAGUUUCCAUGCCAUGAAAGUACCGGUUGGUCAAGAUAGAUUGGAAUAUAUGAAUACCUUGGAAAAUGUCACUACGCCCUCGGAUACACUUCAAUAUAUUGUCGAUUAUAGAAUGAAAUUGAUGAACAGGGGGCACGAAAGGGAAUACCCGAAGGUUCCAUAUGCCCUUAUGGGAAUUGACCUCUCCAAUAACAAAUUUCAAGGGUGCAUACUUGAUGCCAUUGGGGAUUUGAAGUCGCUUCUCCUGCUUAGCCUUUCGAACAACAUUCUCACCGGCUCUAUCCCUCUGUCCUUAGCAAACCCGACAAGACUAGAAUCUCUAGAUCUUUCUCGAAAUAAGCUCUCAGGAGAGAUCCCUCAACAGCUAGCCCAACUUACGUUUCUCUCAUCUUUCAAUGUCUCUCAUAAUCAACUGUCGGGACCAAUACCACAAGGGAGCCAGUUCAACACUUUCACGAUCGAUUCAUUUGCCAUGAAUGAGGGGUUAUGCGGAGAUCCCUUGCCCAAAAAAUGCACCAUGGUUGGGGAUAACUUACCAUUCCCACCAUCUCGAAUGGAAAGCGAAGAGUCUCCGUUUAACUUGGAUUGGAAAUUUGUGCUAAUUGGCGUUGGAGUCGGGUUUUUGGUCGGCGUUGUGCUAGGGAACCCGAUCAUUGACGAGAAGAGUAAGUGGUUUGUAUACUACUCCAAGAGAAUGGCAAAAAGAUGGAAUAGAUUGGGAAGGCACUGA